AUGAAAGCCAUCAUUCUCGUCGGAGGGUUCGGUACCCGUCUGAGGCCUCUCACUCUCACCUACCCCAAGCCGCUCGUCGAGUUCGCGAACAAGCCCAUGAUCCAGCAUCAGAUCGAGGCCCUCGCCGCUGCCGGUGUCACAGAUGUUGUCCUCGCCGUCAACUACCGCCCCGAGAUCAUGGCCGAGGCGCUCAAGACAUACGAGAAGCAAUACAACGUGACCAUCACAUUCUCCGUCGAGACCGAGCCCCUCGGCACCGCCGGCCCCCUCAAGCUCGCCGAGAACGUCCUGGGCAAGGACGACUCGCCCUUCUUCGUCCUCAACGCCGACGUCACCUGCGACUACCCCUUCAAGCAGCUCGCGGAGUUUCACAAGCAACACGGCGACGAAGGCACCAUCGUCGUCACCAAGGUCGAAGAGCCCUCCAAAUACGGUGUCGUAGUCCACAAGCCCGGCCACGCCUCCAAGAUCGACCGAUUCGUCGAGAAGCCCGUCGAGUUCGUUGGCAACCGCAUCAACGCCGGUAUCUACAUCAUGAACACCAGCGUGCUCAAGCGCAUCGAGCUGCGCCCUACAUCCAUCGAGCAAGAGACUUUCCCUGCGAUUGUCAAGGACGGCCUGCUCCACUCCUUCGACCUCGAGGGCUUCUGGAUGGACGUCGGUCAGCCCAAGGACUUCCUCUCGGGAACAUGCCUCUACCUCUCUUCGCUCGCGCGCAAGAACUCCAAGCUGCUGACCCCCGCUUCGGAACCCUACGUCUACGGCGGCAACGUGCUCAUCGACGAGUCUGCCAAGAUAGGAAAGAACUGCCGCAUCGGUCCCAACGUGACCAUCGGCCCCAAUGUUGUCAUCGGCGACGGUGUGCGCCUCCAGCGCUGUGUGCUGCUCAAGAACAGCCGCGUCAAGGACCACGCUUGGGUCAAGUCGUCGAUUGUCGGCUGGAACAGCACCGUGGGCAAGUGGGCGCGUCUCGAGAACGUGACUGUGCUUGGUGAUGAUGUUACGAUUGGUGAUGAGGUUUACGUUAAUGGUGGUUCGGUUCUGCCGCACAAGUCUAUCAAGCAGAACGUUGACACUCCUUCGAUUAUCAUGUAA